UGAGGUGGAUGAUGUUUGACAAAUUCUCUCGCUUUGUUUCCUAUUUCACAUUUUAUCAAUUCGAAAAUCAAUCAGCUAAUUGAUUUCGGGCGUGAAAUUUUAUUUUUCUGACUUUUGCUAGAGGUAAAACAUAGAAAAUAUUACGUUGAAAAGUGAAAACAAGAAAAAACAGAGAAUAUGUCAUUGACACGACCACGAACCAGUAUUUUGGAUAAGCCUCUCAGCAGAGGAAAGGGAGAAGUUUCAUUGAGCAGUUUUGCAUUGUUAUUCUCUGAACUCGUCCAAUACUGUCAAAGUCGCGUAUUAACCGUCCCAGAAAUGCAAAAUAGGCUCCUUGAAUUAGGAAAGGACGUUGGAUCACGUGUAAUUGAUUUGUAUUUUGUACGUGAGAGAAACUCGAAGCGUGAAACAAAACUGAUCAAUAUGUUGCUAUUCAUCAAAACAACGUUGUGGAAAAGUCUGUUUGGCAAAGAAGCUGAAAAACUAGAACAUGCAAACGAUGACGAUCGAACGUACUAUAUCAUCGAAAAAGAUCCAUUGGUGAAUAAAUUCAUCAGUGUCCCGAAAGAUAAAGGCUCAUUGAAUUGUGCCACAUUCUCAGCUGGAAUCAUCGAAGCGGUACUCAGCAAUUGCGGAUUUCCGUGCAAAGUCACUGCGCAUUGGCACAAGGGAACGACUUAUAUGGUAAAAUUUGACGACCAUGUCAUUUCCAGAGAUCGACAAUUGGAGGAGAAAUAAUAAAACUAUAUAAUUAUCAUCUUUAAAAAAAAACAUGAAAUAAAAUUAAAAUUAAGUAAUCAACGCUUUUA